AUGCUUAUCAAAACAACCACCGACUUGGGCUUCUUCUUCUUUGAUGCUGUCACGCAUGCUGUUGUAGCAUCUGUGGCCAUAUUUUUAAUCAUCUCAGAGGUUGGCAUCUUUGGUGGCUACUUCGCUCGCAACUGGCCUCUGCUCAGCCUGGAACAUGGUUUCGUCGGUCUUGCUUCAGCAAUGAUCAUCCUCGGUAUGCACGUUUUGGCGUGUUUCAACAAGUCCAGCAACAGCAAGGAACACCUGGGCAUGGCAUUCUGGCGUGUCGUGAUCAUGGCAGGUAUCCUCAGCCUCAUCCUCGGAAUUCUCAACUUGAUUGCNAGUAAGUCUAUUCAUGAAUCGCCAACUGAACAUAUUACUGACUACAGACAGAACUACGUGUUUCGCGAUACCGCCCAGGGAAUCACAGCGCGCCAGGUUCGCGCCCGAGGAGCCGAAGCGGCCGAUGUGACCUAUAUGCAGCGAAGCAACACCUCAGCAAGCUUGGCUAAAUCAACGUCGUCUCGCCGCACUGCGAGCGACAGCUCGUUGAAGCAAUUCCGCGCCAACUCGAAAGAAGAGUACACUCUGCCUUCUUAUCACAGUCCUUUGCCCGAACCCCAACAACACGCACAGACACCAGUCUCUCCUUCCUUGUACUCGCGCGCUACCUGGUGUAGCAAGAAGAAGUUCUUCAGCCGUAAGAAGGAGAGUAUGGGACCUCCACUUCCAGUCAGCAUCUCAGCACCGUAUGACUUCGAGGCGCAAUACCCUUCUACCAUCGGAAGACCCGACUCGACACUCCAUCCCAGCCGCGACAUUGAGAGUGAAACCCACAGAUGGAAGGCAGGACGCUGA